AUGCAGUCUUCAUCUGGACUGAAGGCCUUUGUGGUCUCUUGCCUCGUAGUCUCUACUAGCGCGCAAGGUGAGCCAGAUGCACGAGGCAAAACGCCCUACGAGUAUGUGAAUCCACUCAUCGGGACCAUCAAUGGAGGUCAUGUCUUCCCUGGUGCAACGCUUCCAUUCGGCAUGGCCAAAGCUGGCGCUGAUACCUCCGGUGGUGAAAACCAAGGAGGUUUCGCAUCAGACACGUCACCGAUAUAUGGCUUCUCGCACAUGCACGACAGCGGAACUGGUGGCUCAGCAUCGCUCGGCAACUUCCCUAUCUUCGCGCAAGCGGGGUGCCCAAACGAUGAUAUCAAUGCGUGUAAAUACGCUCAGUGGCAACGUGCACAGCCUCGCCAAGAAGGGAGCGUGAAUGCACGACCAGGGUACUUCGACAUCACCUUGACAUCCAACAUAAGGACAGAGAUGACAGUAACAAACCACACGGCUCUGUGCAGACUCACGUUUCCAGCCACUCCAGUUACUGCAAACACAACACUGAAUCCGCACAUCCUAGUCGAGCUUGCUGAUCUCCCCAGGACCAGGAGUGAAGCCAAUAUCACUGUGUAUCCAGAUAGUGGACGCAUAACGGGCGGCGGACGCUUCUCACCUUCUUUCGGCAGCGGAACAUACCAGUCCUACUUUUGUCUCGACUUCCAUGGUGCGAAAGUGAAAGAUGUAGGUGUCUGGAGCAAUUCGCGCGCCUCUAAGCAAGCACAGAGCCUCAAGAUCAAGCCUGGCGACGAGCGUCAAACACCCAGCGACACACCCGCAGGUGGCUGGGUACAAUUCGAGAAGCCGGAAGCAGCAAACCAAAUUUUGGCUAGAGUUGGUAUGAGCUUUAUCAGCGAAGCUCAAGCCUGCUCUAAUGCCGAGCGAGAGAUUGCGACUGGAGAUUUUGAUAGCGUCGUAGCUGUAGCCGAAGCUGCUUGGAAGUCAAAGUUCUCUGUGAUCACCUUGAAAGACGGCGGUGUAUCAGAGGUCCUCCUGAAAGCGUUCUGGAGUGGCGUGUACCGUUCCAUGAUCUCGCCGCAGGAUUACACAGGCGAGAACCCGUUCUGGGAGGACGGAGAACCGUACUAUGAUUCUUUCUACUGCAUUUGGGAUUCUUUCAGGAGCAUACAUCCCCUCCUCACGAUACUUGAUCCACACAGCCAGACCUUGAUGGUCAGAAGUCUGCUGAGUAUAUACAAGCACACUGGCUAUCUCCCCGACUGCAGAAUGAGCCACUGCAAAGGAUUCACACAAGGCGGCUCAAAUGCAGAUAUUGUAAUCGUAGACGCGUACCUUAAAAACAUCUCCGCAGGAAUUGACUGGACUUUCGCCUACGAAGCCAUAGUCAAGGAUGCCGAAAUCGAGCCUCCAGACUGGAACCUCGAAGGCCGUGGUGGCCUCGCGUCCUGGAAAAGUCUUGGCUACAUCCCCACCGAGAACCUCGACACCGACGGCACCGGCCUAGAGACACGAUCUAUAUCCCGCACUGUAGAGUAUGCAUACAACGACUUCGCCAUCAGCACGCUCGCACGCUCACUUGGAAACCUGGCGGACGCGCAGAAGUAUCUUGGACGGAGUGGGAAUUGGAGGAAUAUGUUCAACCCCACGCAAAGAAGCGUUGUGAACGGACAAGACACAGGUUUCGAGGGCUUCCUACAACCCCGUUACAUGAACGGUACAUUCGGCUACCAGGACCCGAUUUUCUGCUCCCCACUCCUCAACUUCACAGGCUGCUAUCUCAACCCAUCUGGGCGCGAGACCUACGAAGGACCUAUCUGGAUGUACUCGUUCUACGCACCUGGAGAUAUGGCGUCCCUCAUCACCACGCUCGGCGGCACAGACACUUUCGUCAAACGCCUGGACUGGCUGCAUGAGUCUGGCGUCCUGUAUGUCGGUGACGAACAAUCGUUCCUCAACCUAUUCCUGUACCACUACGCUGGUCGCCCGGGCAAGAGCGCGCAGCGAGCACACCAGUACAUCCCCAGUCUGUUCAACGACACCAUCUCUGGGAUCCCGGGCAACGACGAUUCCGGCGCCAUGGGCUCUUUCGAAGCGCUUGUCAUGAUGGGCUUGUAUCCCAACGCGGGACAAGAUGUGUAUUUCAUCACCCCUCCUUUCUUCGAGGAGGUGAACAUACUGAAUCAGCAGACCGGCAAGACUGCCACGGUCAGGAACAUCAACUUCGACCCUGCAUUCGAGAGUAUAUAUGUUCAGAGCGCGACGCUCAACGGACAGCCGUACACGAAGAACUGGUUGACGCAUGGCUUCUUCCUUGGAGGAGGGGUGCUGGAGCUGACGCUGGGGCCGCAGGAGAGUGACUGGGGUACCAGACCGGAGGAUGUACCGCCCAGUCUGGGGCCAUUUGGGAAUGUCACAGGCAUGAAUGAACUGGAUCGCAGGUGGACGGAGAGUGGGUUCGUGUAG